CUAGUUAAUUUUGAUUCCACCACCAGCCCUCCUCUCAAACAAAGCCUACAAUUGCAAAACAUGAUUGAUCCAACACCACCACAUACACAUUUCACAUUACUCAAGCCUUCAUUUGGUUUGAAAAAUGUAAAAACAAUAUAAAUCCAUGGAGACUAAGUGCUAUUUUUCUCAGCCCAAAGAUGGGUAGUGCAACAACGGUUGUGAAUUUGUGAUCCAGAUCAGCUGAAAUUGAAAAUGGAUUCAAAGACACAUCAAAUACAAACAGAAUGCACUUUGCAGGGCUACCAUUCAAUUCCAGGUACUGAUCAGUGGUUCAUUGACAGCACUCACUCCAGCAAAGACUAGCCAAAGCUAGCCAACCUUUGUCACAAUCAGCAGUCAUUGAACAAGUGUAAGUCAACAUCACCAUGUUACACAAAUGAAGAAUGACCAAGAGUCAACUGCUUCCCCAACGUCAUGCACAUUCCAUCAGCCAUGGCCAAUUAUCAAGAAUCAUCAGCCUGCCUCUUGAUGCAAAACUUUAUUGGAUUCCAAUUGGAUAUCCAUUUGAGUUGAAAAUAUACUCAACCUUAGCCGCAGGGCAUAAUGAGAACUAGGAAAAUACUAUUUCCACUGCACUAAAAAAAAUCAUGGCCGGUGUUGAACAUUUUCCCAAAAGAUCUAUUACCACCUUCACUUAAAAGGCCUCAGAAGAGUCAAGCGGAUUUCACGCUGCCAACCGCCUUUGGAAACCUUUCCCUUUCUCCUACUAUUUUAUUGCUAUGAAGAGAGAAGAAAGAAAAAGGAGUAGAUGAUCUCACAAAGGAUAUUAUUAGGCUUCGGUACUUGCAUUGUAUCCAACAUGGCCUUCACCAGAACAAUUUUUCUUCUUCUGCUGCAGUAUUUCGUUUUAACAUCUGUUCAUGCAGCUUCAGGUCAUCACCGUCCUCCGCACUUCUCUUUACAAACAGAUAAGGAGACUCUUCUGGCAUUCAAGAAGGUGAUUAAAUUUGAUCCCAACUCAACGCUUGCUAACUGGGUCGAGGCUUUUCACGUCUGCAACUUCACCGGGGUCAUAUGCAACAGAUACCAUCACCGUGUUGCAAACCUCAGUCUAAACAGCAAAGGACUUGUAGGAAUGCUUCCCUCUUUCAUUUCAAACCUCACAGGACUUCGAGCCUUAGAACUUGCUAACAAUCACUUUUCUGGUAAUAUUCCAUCUGAAUUUUCCUCACUCCAACGUCUUCUUGUGCUUAGGCUAGAGAUGAACAAUUUGAAUGGUCCAAUACCAGAAUCUUUUGCAUUUCUUUCCAACCUGACUUUAGUAACACUUAUGGAUAAUAAUUUGAACGGUUCACUUUCUCCUUCCUUUUUCUCUAACUGCACUUUGUUGAGAAUUAUAGAUCUUUCCGACAACUUUUUCACAGGAACAAUUCCAAAAGAAAUUGGAAAUUGUGCAGGCCUCUGGACUCUCAAUUUAUACAACAACCAAUUUACAGGAGAACUUCCUCUCGCUCUAAUAAAUACUUCACUGUCAAGCAUAGAUGUGGAAUAUAACCAUCUUUCUGGUCAAUUGCCAUCAUCUUUGGUAGAGAAGUUGCCCAAAUUGUAUUACCUCCAUUUAUCCUAUAACAAUAUGGUAAGCCAUGAUAACAACACCAAUCUUCACCCAUUCUUCACUGCCCUUGGAAACUUCAGUUCCGUAGAGGAGCUUGAAUUGGCUGGCAUGGGCUUAGGAGGAAAGUUGACCCAAUCCAUAGGCAAACUUGUGAAUCUGAAAACACUGCUCCUGCAAGAAAACAAAAUUUUUGGAUCCAUUCCUGCAUAUAUUGCAAAUCUUUCUAGUCUUAAUGUGCUGAAUUUAACAUCCAAUUUUUUAAACGGAACAAUUUCGUCAGAGAUUAGUCGGUUGCCCAACCUGCAACAGCUCUUUUUGUCACACAAUUUUUUUAAUGCGGAGAUUCAGGCAGCGUUAGGUCACGUACCUCGUCUGGGUCUGCUAGAUUUGUCGAACAAUAAAUUCUAUGGAACAAUCCCGGAAACUAUUGGAAACUUGUUGCAAGCAAAGUAUAUAUUUCUGAACAACAACCUCCUGUCAGGAAAGAUACCUCCAAUGUUUGGACAGUGCAGAAAUCUGGACAAGCUAGACCUGUCAUAUAACAGACUGACAGGCAUCAUUCCUCCAGAAAUAUCAGGUAUGCAUGAGAUCAGGAUAUUUAUAAAUCUUUCACAUAAUCAACUUGAAGGGUCAUUGCCACUCGAACUUAGCAAGCUAGAAAAUAUCCUGGAGAUUGACCUCUCCUCCAACAAACUCAAUGGCAGUAUCUUCCCUCAGAUAUCAAGCUGCAUUGCAUUGAGGGCAAUAAAUCUCUCACACAAUUAUCUUCAGAAGGCCCUUCCAGAUUCUCUGGGUGAUCUAAAGAACCUCGAAUCUUUUGAUGUUUCAGUUAACCAGUUAUCUGGAAAAAUCCCAGCAAGCCUCGAGAAAAGUCGAACUCUCACCUUUCUAAAUCUUUCCUUUAACGACUUCAUGGGAAUGAUUCCCUCUGGUGGCAUCUACAGUUCAGUCACAAAUUUGUCUUUCUUAGGGAAUCGGCAUCUUUGUGGGGAAGUCUCUGGCAUGCGUAAAUGCCCUCAAAAGAUAAAUAAGGUUUUUAUUAUCUUUAUUUCAGUCAUAUCUGGAUCUGCAUUUGUCGCAACAAUAUGUUGUUUGAUUGCAUUCCAUCGCAUCAAAGUACAAGUUUCUUCAGGGAAAUCUGAGGAAAUUCAAACAGCAGAGAAAGCAACACAGGCAGAACUCAUGCACAACAUCCCAAGAAUUACACACAAGGAAUUGCUAGAGGCCACCAGAGGAUUUGAUGAGCCGAGACUGAUUGGGACAGGCAGCUACGGACGUGUCUACAAGGGAAUUCUUCAAGAUGGGACACCCAUUGCAGUAAAGGUAUUGCAUUUGCAAUCAGGAAAUUCAACAAAGAGUUUUAACAGAGAAUGCCAAGUUUUGAAAAGGAUUCGACAUAGGAACUUGAUACGGAUUAUAACAGCAUGUAGUCUGCCUGAUUUCAAGGCUCUGGUUCUUCCUUACAUGGCAAAUGGGAGUUUAGAUAGCCGUCUUUAUCCUCAUUCCAGCACAGGUAUAGGCUCUGGCUCUUCAGAUUUGAGUCUCAUCCAGAGGCUGAACAUUUGCAGUGACAUAGCUGAAGGGAUGGCCUACCUGCAUCACCACUCCCCAGUUAAGGUCAUACACUGUGAUCUCAAGCCAAGCAAUGUUCUUCUCAAUGAUGACAUGACAGCUCUGGUUUCUGAUUUUGGGAUUUCGAGGUUGGUUAUGACUGCUGGAGGCAAUGGUGGAGUGGUGGAGAAUUUAGGGAACUCUACUGCAAAUCUGUUAUGUGGAUCUAUUGGAUAUAUUGCUCCAGAUGACAUGUUUGUUGGUGGACUAAGCUUGCACAAAUGGGUGAAGAGUCACUACCAUGGUAGAGUAGAGAAAGUGAUAGACUCUUCCUUGGUGAGAACUUCAAGAGAUCAAUCCUCAGAAGUGAGAAAAAUGUGGGAAGUAACAAUAGGAGAGCUGAUUGAGUUAGGCCUCCUUUGCACACAGGAGUCCCCCUCUACCAGGCCUACGAUGCUUGAUGCUGCAGAUGACUUGGAUCGGCUUAAGAGAUACUUAAGCGGGGACACAACUACAACAUUUGCCUCUUCUUUAGGAAUUUCAUCAUCCACUCUAGGGGAUGACUAGACCCAUCCUGUACAUUCACUAAGAGUCUAUGAUAUCAUUAUGCUUUGAAUUUUAACAAUUUUACUGAAGCUUACCAAGAUAUAUGCCUUAUUCUUCCAGACACCAAAAGAAAGAGGGGAAAAAAAGCAUCAUCAUCAACAAAUCAGAUUCGAAAAUGUUAGUAAGGCAGUUUAUCCAGCCAAGUCAAUUCCCAAUGAGAAAACUCAGGAUGGAAUAGAAGUUUACCUUCCUCCUAGGAUCAAAUCACUCAUAAAUCACUGACAAAUGGCAAUAAGAAAUUUCAGUACAACUAAUGACCUAAGCCUUAAACCCUAGUAAAGAGUAAACAAUUCCCUUGCAAAAGGCACCCAUAGUGGGCGGGGUUGGGGACAAGCAAGAUGUACAUAGACCUUACUCUUACAUAAUAUGUGGAGAGGCUG